AUGGAAGGGAAGGAUAGGGAAGUACUUUGUUUAUUUAUAGGCUGCUGUAUUCUUUUCCUUGUAGUCAAUUUCUCCGACAUUCUCUUGUGUGUCUUCUUGAAAGCAUACCGUUUUCUCAUUAGGUGUCCUUCCUCCUCGGAAGUUAACCCUUCAAGCUCCCCUAAUGAUCUGCAGCAUCAUCAAGUUGUCAUUGAGUCCUUCCCUGAUAUCUCUUCUCUACAAAGCGACGGCUUAGACAGCUCCGUGAUAAGUUCUCUUCCGGUGUCGGAGUUCGAAAAUGUGGGAGACCACAAGUCUAUUAACGCAGAUUGUGUCAUUUGUCUCGGGGAAUUUGAAAAAGGGGAGAAGCUUAAGCUGCUUCCUCAAUGUGCUCAUGCUUUCCAUGUUUCUUGCAUAGAUGCAUGGUUUCAGUCUCAUUCAAAUUGCCCACUUUGCAGGUCCCAAGUCCAUCAUGUUGAAGAUGCUAUCGCCGGGUAUUCAGUGUCUUUGUAUCCAUUGCUGGAAACUCUGAGGAGGGAAGACUUUUCCCGAGACAGCGAUGAACUAAUCCGAUCCGUUCGGUCCGAGGUCAUACAAAGCUGGGCAAGUAGACCACACACACUGUAA